AUGGCAUCGUAUACGGCGGGGCGACGUUAUCUCCCGCGAAUGGCCCUUGCUCGGCCAGUGCUGGCCGAGGUCUUGGCUGCCGCCGACGGGGACCCCGGGACGAUGAGAGAGGGCGUCCGGCUCAAGGUGUGCGAGGCGUCACGUCGACUUCGCUGUCGAUGGGGAUCUCUCCCCAGAUGUGCAAUUCUUGGGCUUUGGUUCUCGAUCUGCGGAGCGUUUGGAUCCGUUCGGGCCUUCCCUCUCGGCGUUGCGGCGGAGCACUUAGCUUUCCCGACCCCUGCAGAAGAUGCUGCGAGAAGUGGCCGGGAGCAGCUGGGCGAAGGCGAGGAGUCUUGGGAGCAGCGCCAACCGGCCUUUGCUAGCGGGAUUGGGCCCGGCGGUGUAAAAGCAGCUCGCAAAGCAGGUGUGCCGGAGGAGCAGCUCGUCCGAAUGUCUCGGUUGGUCCAGAUCGGACAGGUCUUGAAGUUCAUGCAGAAGAUCGGGAGCGGAAGAACGACCUCGAAGACACCCUCGAGUGGGCGGAAGCCGGUGGCUCCGAAGGGGCCGGCGGGGCAGGUUCUUCAGGGCGAUCCAAGGCGGCGGCUUACCAGAAGUUGCGGAGUUUGCUCCGCACUGCUCCGGAGCAGAUCUCAGGCGAUCGAAGCCCUCAUGCUGGACGACUUCGUGGGAGCUCAGUCCAAACCGCAUCAGGAGGAGAGGAGGCUGUCGGUGCGAGGUUGGCUGGAACACCGGUCUCAUCUCCAAUCUUACGCAGGCCCUAUCCGGCAGGGCUGGACAUUGUCCACCGUGGUCGAUCUUUUGAAUGCUGGGCAGCCGGAACAGGCGAAAGCCACCGCGCUGUUAGCGAUCGCCGCUCUAGAUCAAUCCGCUAUAGACAGUGGGAAUUGGCUCUUAGCAGCCGAAUUCUCGAUGGAAAGCCCGCAGUCCUUCAGCAGCUUUCAGCGUCCCCGCCAACUCGACCCUCUGGAGUCGCGCCAAACGCGCAUAUCAGAUCACUCGGCGAAGAGGACCUGGGAGGUGGAAGCAGUCAGCCUCCACCGGCGCUGCCGCCUGGAGAUGGCGGUCGAGGGCGCUGGGUUGGAAUACCGCCCGUCCAACCACGCGUCGGUCUCAUCCUGGAGGUCGACCACCCAUGCCCUCCAGCACGGCGGUGACGUCCCGUCAGCGAGUGGCGGAAUCCGGGCGCCGCCCUCCAAUGUACGCUCAGACGAGGAUGGCGAGAAGACGCCCAGCGACGCCCCAGUGCCAGCCGUUGCCCAGCAUACGGUGUCUGGUUCUGGCGUCCGCGCCCUGCUUGGCUGUGUAAGCCGUGGCAAGUCGUGGAGCUGCUCCUGGCGUCCAGAUAACAGCGGCGUCCAGCUGGGACAUGACGACGUUCUCGAAGAGGAAGGCCAGGCGGCGCCCGUCAUGAAGACGAUCCUGAGCUUUUCUGUGCGCCAGGCUAUGAAGGCUGCACUGAUCGUUCGGGUCUCGAGGCUCAUGCUUGUGCCGACGAAAAUCUUCAGCCAAGCCAACCUGUUCCUAGAUUUGAUGGUCCGGCGGCUGGGGAAUGCCCUCCUGCUGGGCCCGGCGCCCGAGCUCCUACAUUUCUGCCCUCCGAGCUCUGGUCACAAUUCUUCGAAUGUCUUCGCAAGGCAAGUGCUCCCUUUCCUCCUUUUUCCAUUUCAUGCGGCUCUUACCUCGCAGCGAGCGGGGGCCUUCUUUUGCACUGGCUGGCCAUGCUGUGUGGCCCAUGCCAUUGCCGUUUCCUCGGCAUCUGCUUCCCGGCACAGUGGCGUGCUGUGGAAGUCUCGGGGCGGCACCACUGCUUGGAAUGAGGCUGGGCCCUUCUCUGCCAAGGACCUCGACUUGCUCAGCUACGCUGCCCCUUGCAAUGUGUUGCCGGUCGAGCCGUCCCGAUUGAAUUUCGUCGGCACCCCGAGUUUCGACCCGGUGCCUUUCUUGGAUUCGCGGAACCGGGCUACCUAUGCACGUCCCCUUGACUUUGCCAGGGACAUCCCAGAUGAAGAGGAGGUCUCGAAGGUGUCAGUGAGGGCCGAUCGACGCCAAACCGCCGAGCUUUUGCAGCUCCUUGACGAUACCGGACGACUUCACCUCUUCGACAAUUCGGAAGUCCGCCCGAGGCUCCAAAGUGGGCUUUUCUCUGUGGCUAAGGAUAGCCAGCGUGAUCGUAUGGUCUUAGAUGCGAGGCCACCCAAUCAAGCCGAACAGCAUACUGAGGAUCUCAAAGAAUCUUAUCACAGUUUCAUUGUGGGGCUGCGGCGAGCGAAGAGGAAUGUUUUUGCUUUGGAGUUGAGCUUUGACGAGGUGUCCCACCUGAAGGCGUGCUCCCGCGCUCCAGGGCUGCGUGGUUAUCCCAAGAAGUCUGAGGACGAUGGCUAUGGGCGGCUCCUCAGCAUCCUCGAUGCCGUCUAUGCUGUGCAGUGCCAUCGCGUCGAUGUCGACUUGCGGGCCCUGGGCUCGCCCUUCCUGAUCACCUCGGAUGCAUCAUCUACUGCCGAAGCAGCGGCCGGUGUUCGCAUCCCGGAACACCUCUCUGUCGAGUUGUGCUGCCACGGCCUUCAGCGGGCCUCUGGGCCCGACUUCUCUCUCCGAUGCAAGCCUACCGGAGAGCGGGGCGAGCUCCCAGAAGACCAAGGCAUGCCGGACGAGGUGUAUACGUCACAUCCUCUCUGGGAGGAGGUUUGCUCGACGCUGCAGUUCUUUCAAGUCGAGAGGAGCGCACUAGCCAGCUCCCUCUUCCCUGACAUCGAUACGUCCACCUGCAGGAGUUGCGUCGCUCCAUUCCGGGCCACUUGGCUUCCCGAGUCCGGGUGGCUUCUCGUUCUCCACGGCGGCGUAAUCACAGAUGAGAAAAGAGCAGCAUACCGGCCCGCCGCUGACUCCAGCGAAGUUCCCACGCUCAACAAGCCCCAGCAGGAGAUCCUGCCCAGAGGAAAGGGCACUGAGGAGAUCAGGGAAAGCCGAGGAAAUCUCGACGGCCGUGCGGCAGUCUCUGUCGGAGAGCGGGGUCGAUUCGCAAAGGACCCCAAGGCUGCCAAAGGUGACUCGCUGACUGGCUGGGAGCAUCUCUCCCUGCAAUCUGGCAGGGAACUGAAGACGAAGCCCGGCAUAGCCUCCCGAAUCACUCGAGCAAGGAGGCCUCCGAAAGAGCUCAAGCGCUUCGCUGACCCCGACGAGGCCCCUCCGCAGGGCUGCCUUCGGAAUCUUGGCAAUUGGGCAGUCGGCGACUCGCUUCAGGACGAACGGGCAGCUCUCUGGGGCAAGACUGCGGACGCGGGAUGGCUGGGAGAGUUUCGCCAGCUGGACCUCGCUCGGUGUGCAAGGUGUGAUCCUGAAGAAUCGGAGAAGCCACUAAUCCUGGAGGAUGGCGGUGAAGAUCUGUGGGACACUUUGUACCAGCACCCUGACCUUCUUGUUGAGGGUCAAAGGGUGUCUCCAGCCUGCCUGGACGAUGUGCUAUCCAAGUGGGAGCGCCUCGAGCCAACGCAGCACAGGACCCCGAUGCCAGAGCCGAUCCUAUGGGCUAUGGUCUCGCUGGGGAUUUCAUGGGGCUGGCACCGAUGGUCUGCUGUUACCUUUUUCUGUUUUCUUGGCUGCUGCAGGAUUGGUGAAGUACUGGGUUCCGUCAGGCGUGACUUGCUCACUCCCUGCGACCUUCUACAGACGGACCUGCGGUUCUACCUCGUCUUCAGGGAGCCGAAGACGCGAGGCCGCGGAGCUCGGGUGCAACAUGUUGCCGUCGAGCUUGAAAAGGCGUUCGCCGACUUCCUCAGCUCCGUGUGGGAAAGGCUGCCAUCGCGAGAGCUGCUUUUCCCUGGAAUUCCAGGAAUCUACAAAAGGAGAUGGGACAGCAUCUUGCCGCCCUUGAAACUCCAGCUCGAUUCAAACUUACUCCCGGCUCACUCCGAGGGGGCGCCUGUGUCGGAUGCGGCUACAGAACCAGUCGACUCUGGCAUACUACCUUCAGGAAGUUUCUGCAGAGUCGGUUCUCCCGAGAUUGCCAGCUCACUCCCGAGAAAACGUUAUUUCAGCUUCAGCUCUGCUUCCACACUUGUUCCGAUGUUCCCCAGCGCACUAGCUGCCACGCCCUCUGGACUGUCUUUUCGCUGUUGGCCGGUGUCGGCGGGUGGAGCUUCUUGCUGCUGUGCAGCUGGUGCAAAGAGCACCUUCGACUCCAGCCGGAUGGAAAACGGAUCUGCGCGGAAGCAGCCACGAGUUAACAUGACAAACAUGUUCACUUGGGUCCUGCAGUUUAUCUCGACCCUCCCGCCCGCCCGGGAGUUUCUUGCUGCUGUGCAGCUGGUGCAAAAAGCACCUUCGACUCCAGACUUUUCGCUGCGCCGGAUGGAAAACGGAUCUGCGCGGAAGCAGCCGCGAGUUAACAUGUUUAUUCCCUCUUCGGCAACAGACCAUCGAAAGGAAGGUAUAGACGUGGUCCGGCUGAGCGAACCCACGAGUGUUCCACUUCGUGAUGCUGCCGAUCUAGUCACGUGGACCGAGGACGUGUGUCAAGUUCUGGCUGAGUGCGUAGCUGAGGCGAUGCAGCGCCCUGUCGAGCUUGAAUGCCCCGGACUUUGGGCACCUUUCCCAAUUCUCCGAUCUUGGCUGUCCGCUCACGGGUUUGUCUGCGGCCAGUCUGGACUCAGAUCUCUGUGCUAA